CACUUGCUCACCUCAAUAUCUACAGUAAACCUUCCUUCUCACUCUUCUACUUUCCAGCAUGUCUAGCGAACCUUCCCACGCCUCACUAACUGAUUCUCUUGUCAUGUCACCUACUGAUGUCCCUUUCUUUUUUGGCCGAGACUGGUGUAGUCAGAUGACUUGCAAAGAUUUGCUGGCUUGGCAACCUAGUCUUCCGAAAUUCAGUUCUGAUCCGCUGCAUCUGACCGACGAUGAACCCGAAACAAUUUUGCCGCCUUCAAAGCUCUUUCUCCUAAGCUGUAUCCCGACUCAAGGUGAAUUCGACAGAAUAAAAAAAAACAUGGAUGCGAAAAAGACUCCGUGCUGGGUCUUGAUUGACAAUGCUGGUCUAGACUAUUCCAAAUUCCUGCUAAUAUCACAAGUCAUUGGAGUGGUGGAAUUUAUCAAUAAGCUCCAUCGUAUGGUAGAAUGGCUCGAAAAAGAAGUACGCACAGCCAACCCCGUGUUUGAGGCAUCGUUCAUGCCGCGACUUAGCUCAUGCACAUGGAUGCACCACUUCAUUCUCUCGGGAAUAUCAGUUUCCAUACAUGACAUCCUCCCAUUCGCUGGCACUCAGUGGCUAAACGAUGGAAGUUUGGACGGCAUCCUGGGGAUGUUCCAGUCCGUCUAUGAAGAGUUCCUUUUUAUUCCAUCAUAUCAAACAUUAUGUUUGGGAAACCAGGAGCUCAGAGCAACCAAUGGCGGAGGCUGGAAGCAAGCGGAAAUUAAGUCCGGCAAGUAUAAAAAAGCAUAUGCCAUUAUACAUAUGAAAAACCACUGGGGUGUACUUUCUAUCGAUUUCAAACGCCAUGAGAUAGCUUUUGGGGACUCCUUGAGUUAUCCUACGCCUCAAGAAACAAUCAAUGGCGUCCGCCGAUGGCUAAUAAAGUGCUUCGAUGGCAGAGGAGCACAAGCAUGGAAUAAGCCUGUUAGGAAGUUGCUUGUAGAGCCACAGAUAGAUGGUGGUUCAUGUGGCAUUUAUGCAGCGAAUGCAGUCGAGCAUGAUGUCCAUAAGACUCUUCAAGGCGAAACGUCCAACAUUUGGAAGCUUGAAUCUGCAGACCAAGUGUUGUUCCACCGUAUCCGGUAUUUAGCUCUCUUAGUAGGCGUGCCUGAGGUAACAGCAGUAACCGUCGCUUGAAGAUGCGACUAUACAGACAAAAUGACUAAAACAGUGGCUAUUAUUGUUCGUAUUAGAUUGAAUCCAAUGCCGAUGAACUCUCAUCCGUAUCCAGCGACUGUCAAGGACUGACAGGACGAUUGCAAGAGAAGGUAAGUAAUUAAGGAACAAGAAUGAACUUAGGAGAUUCAAGAAUAGUUUUAUUGCAGACUGAGGUUUACUAUGUUACAAGUCUAUUAUAUUUAUACUUGUUUGACUGAAGCGGAGACGCGCUUCAAGAACUCUAAAUAAAGCUUACUCAAAUAUUUCCUAA